UUAAUUGUUACUUAAAAAGUCUAAUAAUUCCUUAUCUUGCUCAUCAGAUAAUUACAUUGUCUGAUUUAGAAUGUGAUUACAUUAAUGCUCGAUCAUGCUGCUCGAAAUUAAACAAGUGGGUCAUUCCAGAAUUGAUUGGCCACUCCAUCGUCACUUUAUUAAUGCUCGUUUCAUUGCACUGGUUCAUCUUCCUUCUCAACUUGCCCGUUGCCACUUGGAAUAUAUAUCGGUUCAUUAUGGUGCCAAGUGGUAACAUGGGAGUGUUUGACCCAACAGAAAUACACAAUCGAGGGCAGUUGAAGUCACACAUGAAAGAAGCCAUGAUCAAGCUUGGUUUCCACCUGCUCUGUUUCUUUAUGUACCUUUACAGUAUGAUUUUAGCUUUGAUAAAUGACUGAAGCUGGAGAAGCCAUGGUGAAGUCAGCUACACUACAGUGCAGUUGAGGAGCCAGAGACUAACGUCAUCCUUAGAACCGUAACCAUAGCAGUAUAUUUUUUCCUCUUUGAACAAAAAAAUAUUUUUGCUGUAUUUUUACCAUAUAAACUAUUUAAAAAACAUGAAUUGAGUUUUUGUAGAUUUCUGGUUCUCGACUUUAGCCUGAAGCCCAACACGUAAAGAUGUUUAUCAUCAUUUGUGCGUUGAAGAUGGUAGUUUGGAUGUGGGAACAGGACUGCCAUCCAGCCUUGCCUGCCAAAGAGCUGCUCAUCACAUCAACUGAAAAGUCAAGAGUACAGACCAGCAGUUCACCUGGGCAAAGGAGGAAAGUCAGUUACCCUUUGCCUAUAUUAUGGCAGCUUCAUGUAUUUAUGAAGAUUUAGGGACUGUCAGCUAACAUAUUUUCGUAAGAAUGUUAAUGGAAAAUGACAUUUUAAAGAUUAUAUAUUUCGCUAUGGAAUUUGUGAAACCUUAUAAGCCAUUUGUCAAGUACAAUGUCAUUCCUGCUUAUAGGAAGGAAAAUUCACAAAAUUAAUCAAGAGCUUUCAUUUAAAAGCUACUGCCUCCAAGAUCACCAGCAGACCUCUACAGUCCCAGGUCUUGUUUGUAUACUAAUUGUUCCAGUUGUACUUGAUCUCUGAGAUAGUUUUAGUAGGUUUGGAGAGGGAUUUGGUAGAUGUUCAGGUUAGAAGCAGGAAUAGUCAUUCAUCCCGUGUGAGUGCUCCGCUUGGUGCCAGGUUAGCUGGAAUGCCGGCCUGCUGCACCGGCCGCUCUGUUGGGAGCUCCAGUACAAGCCAUUUCUUAGACAAGGCCAUGUCCACCCAAGCUCAGUUCCUUGGAGCUUGUAAACUUUUGCAGUUGAUCAGAGCAGUUAACCUCUGGCUCUGUUUGCUGGGUCAACUAACCUGGCAGUUUAUUCUCAGUGCCACUUUGUGCUUUAAUCUUAAGUGCUGGCAUUCGGGCAAAACAUGGUUGUGUUUUAUGGCAGAGUCCAAAGGGAUUAUUCACUGUCGAGGCAGAACCAGGUGGCUAAACAAGGCGUGUGGUUACCAAAAGAGCAAAUGUUGUGUGUCCUUUCCACCCCGGACUAGGUCUAGCCUUGGCAGAAGCCAAGGAGCCAGCAGAACUCCCUCUACAGACAGGCCCAUGUUUCAGGGGUGGAUGGAAUGCCCUGGCCACACUCAAAAGGAACAGUGAACAGCAGGAACAGGAAGCUGGGUUCUGUUGGCCUCUUUGGGGUCUCAGAAAUCGCUCCUUGUGGUUCUGUCGUAUUUCUGCCAGGCAAAGAGCCAAGAAGCUGUAACACAGGUUACUUUGCUUGCAUCUUUCUUUUUCCUUCUGAGGCACCUUUGUUUAAAAAAACAAAAGUCUCUUCACUCUGCCUUCCUCCCUAAGGUCCAGUGCCUCUUCAUGUUCUGCUCAGACUAAUAAAGCAACGGACACUGCUGGAGAACUGAAAUCCUCAGAACCGAGAGACAAACAAGCUACGUCAAGCUCAAAGGUGGUGGAGGGCUGUUGACCAAAAUGUUUUAUCUUCUUAUUCAAGUAUUUUAAAUAACCAAAAUCAAACCCAUGUAGUUGAGAGUGCGGCUGUCAGUUCACGUGCCAGGCGAGCACUGCUGGGCUGAGCACAUCAGGAAGGUGCCUCGUUUAUAACAAAGGGCAGGAGCUUUCUACUUCUGAAACAUGAACCAUGCCUAGAAACAAGUAAAACCACCAGUCCUGUAUUGCUUGUCUGUAUCAAAGCCAGAAAUGGGGGAUAAGUCUAGUUUUUGUUUCCAUUUUUUAGGCGCUUCUCUACAAAUGAUGGGAAGGGGAGAAGAGCACUGCCUUGAAAAGCUGUGGUUAGGAUGCUGAAGAUUAACUUUAAGCACUUUUCACUGAUAGGAGUUGCAGAGGCCUUAGAGGUCAUUCGGUCUAACUUCAUCUUAAAGAUGCAGAACAGGCCUAGAGUUUGCAUCUGGAGUCCUAGUGGUUAGUCCAGUGUGGCCUCUCCCUUGUCACUCCUCUUCCGUCUCUGUGAAGGCACAGUUCCUGGGGCUCAGCCAGUGCAGAUGACCACAGGGUGCUCCUGUGUGCACAGUAUUUUUACCUGUCGUGUCAUUUCCCCUUUUCCUUCCAGCUUCUCAGUGGUAGCAGGGGCCCUCUCUAAUCACCGGAACCUCAGGUGAGAGGGCUGAGGAAGCCACAUCCAAGAUGCAGCUCAGUUUAUUGCAGCCUGGCAGGUCCCCUCAGCCACCUUCUCAUGCCAUACCCACGACAACGGAGUAGGAGUCCAAAUCAGAUUCCUCUUCCCCCAUCUUAGUUCGAGGCUGAGAGCUAAGGAAGCUUCCCGUGGCAUGUCAUCUCCCAUGGCACGUAUCACUUCCUACCUGGCAUUACAGUAGUUUGUAUGCAACUUCUCCUACUAGACUGUGGGUUUGUCAGUGAAGCCUUUUGGCCUUAUGCCAUAAUUUCAACGAAAAUUGUAAAAAAGAUAGUAGCCAAAUUGUUUUGCUUUAGUUAAAUACUGUCUGAUGACUGAGGGUCAGAGCGUUAGGGUUAGCGUGUGACCUGCAGUAACAGUCAUAACGCCCCCAGAACGACAGAUUUAAAGGAACCACUCAUGGAGCGAGCCUGCUGCUGAGCUCAGGUUGCUCUUUGGAAGACAUUUCUUGAUCAAAGCUUCUGCUUUUAGUUGCCUCCCUUUCAAGUGGAGCAGGGAAGAGGGAGUGGUAAGUCACAUCAGUGAGUCAGGAGCUCAGAGGUUUGACUGUGGCUUCCUCUUCUAUUUGGUUCACUACAUCCGUUACAGAGCAACCUUGGUUUCAUUGUAUCAGUUCCCAUUGAACAUUAGAACCUAGUCAAGAGGUGACUCAGUUUAAUAAAUAAAUUCCCGUUCUCCAAUGCAGCACUUUGUGUGUCAGAGACUGAGGGGCACAAAGAUUCCCAGCUACACUCCACUCCCAGCCAUCGCUUACUCCUGCUGCGCUCACCUUACAGCUGCUCUUCUAAGCACCUUAUACUUUUGGGGCAAGAGGCUGGCACUUGAACAAGGAAGGAGCUUGAAUCCUUUGUCUAUUUUCACAGCUCAGUCCACUCAAGUUGAUGAUAUGGAAUCAAGUUCUAGAGCCUGAUCUUAUGUGACUUGAUCAGCAGCGUUAUUUCAGAUUGCACACAAAUUGGGUGAGAGUCAAACCUGAUGGUUGAAUUAAAAGCAACGAGUUUGGCUGCCACUGUAUGCUCCAUCAGAGACCUGCUGGGCACGGCUAAUCCUGUUACUUGGGAAUUUUCUAUUUUACUAACUACAGUAAUUGAACUCAGGGGCAUUUUUGUUUUAUCCAUAACCUACUACCUUCUGUCUCCCACCCUGUUCUGGGUCACCGGACAUCGUUAUGGAAUAAUUUACUUAUCCCUGUAAGAUAAGUUCUUCACACACACAACCGCAGUACCAAUGUCAACAAAAACUAGUAAUUCCUCAGUACUGCAUAUGUAGUUGGUGCUUAAGUUUACCCCAUUGGUUCAUUUUGUGGUUGGUUUGUUCACACUGGGAUCCAAACAAAAUCUAAACGUUCAUUCGGUUAAUGUCUCUUAAAUCUACUAGGUUUCCUCACUAUAUGUUGAAGAAGCUGGUCAUUUGGCACAGUGACCACUUGUGUAGAGCCCCCAAUAUUCUGGAUUUUGCUGACAGCAUCCUCUACCUUCACUUUUAAAUGACUCAAAAAAAUUGUUUGUGGUUUUACUGUAUGCAUUCUCACAUUACAGUGUGAUCAGUAAAAUACUGUUAGCUGCAGAUAAGGGAACGAGGCUUUUGACAGGUUAAGUAACUUGUCUGAAGUGACAUAUCAAGUGGUAGGAUUUAUACUCAGGUCCAAUGACUCCGAACCCAUGAUUUUAACCACUACUCUACAGCUAAAAAACAAUUUAAAAGAUACUCGAAUUUACUGCAGAGAUUUUCCUCUAUAAAAGGAAAGUCUAUUUUGAUUAAUUAUAUGGAGAAAAGUAUCCUAAUAGAAUUUCAAAAGUGUCAUUUUCUUUCAUGAACUAUGCAGUUAACUAGAAUCAGUCAAGUGGGCCCUUAAACUUUUCACCUGUCUUUGGCAUGUUUUAACAGUCAAUUUUAUUCUCAGGCAAGUGGCCAUCUGCAGACUAAGGGAGGCUUAGAUGGUGCAGGGCUUAAAAACAUGAGCUCGGAGGCCCCGGGCUUUGAGCCCCAGCUCCUUCAUACCAGAUAGCUUGUUUCUGCCUACUUCUCUCUUUUGUAAAGUAGGAAUCAGCCUAUCUGCGCUGUACAGCUACCUUGAGGAUUGAAGAAUGCUUAUAAAGGGGCUCAUCCAUAGCGACUGGCUGACAGCAAGCAUCCAAUCCAUUAGCCCAAAUGAAUACCUGUUCCCUAUUAUGUUCCUCAGUGACCAAACAGGGGCACAGUCCUGGGGUUAGUCCCUCCCAGUACCUUCUUGCUCCUGCUUCUAAUUCUUGGUUUCACCGCUGAGAUAAAGUAGCACAGUCUUAUGGUCCCCAAACCGCCAAUAAGUGGGUUUGUGCCAACUGACACCAUAAAAUUACUAGGGGUGUUAAGGUGGCUUAAAAAUCUCAGUUAAAUGAAAAACAUUUAGCAUAUUCAUUCAUUUGAAUUCUAGAUAUGGUCUAUCAUCAUAGACCAUAAUUACAUCUUAAAUGAGAUCUUUUUCCUGAGCCUAUAAAGGAAAAAGAAGUUUUGAAUUGUAUACAAGGGACCCCAGUUGCAUCAAUAUAAUGACCAAACAACUAAUCCUUGCAUCCAAAAAAGGAAAUGAAAACUUGGUUGAAAACGUGCCCUUCCCCGUUUCCUGGUUAGAGAUAAUUACAUGCUGAUUGAACAUUGUGUUAACUAUGUGACUAGGAAAGUUCCACAUCCAGCAAGCUCACGUUAAGUACGCCAAUCAAGUUCUCGGGAGAAGAGCCCACUGCCACAAAAUCAGCGGCGACACUUAAGAUGCUUGGAAGUAGUAUUAGGAUGAUGGGAUCGUUUUGUUUGUUGAAUCUUCUGUAACAGUUUUAAGAUUUUUCUGGAAAAAAAGUCAAGUAGAAGUCAUUAAAUGAUGUAAGCAAAGAACACCAACCUUUCUUUUUCCUAAGUGGAAGGGAAUUGUUUUAAAAUACCUCUCUGCUCUUAGAUUUGUUAAGG